GAAGCCCCACGGAGAGCUGGCGAUAGAGUUAUCUUGACGUAACAUAUGGAUUGUCUUGCGCUAUACAGCCACAGUUGUAGAAGCAGGGGAUCUCUACAAUUAUGCAAAACAAUAUUAAACCAUACCGAAUGGCUUGUGUUAAAAUUUCUCAUAACAGAACAAGCGCGUUUGUUUACAAACAAGAAAAUGUACCUGAUAUGGAAAUUAGCCUGUGACACUGAUGUGGUUUUAACAUGUUUUUAUUUCGGCAAAACUGAAACCUGGAUAGCGAACAAGACUAGUGGCUUAUGUAAACGCUGCUCCAGUACAUUAGCUGGGCUCAUAAAUGAAAUAAUUUAACAACUAAAGAAUAAUAUUGAGAAAGAAUAUCAGAUAUAUGGUUGAAUAAUGAAUAUGUUCGUCAUGGUGUUGGUGACAGCGAUGUUACGUUAAGUUGGUUUUAUCGUGCUCCGAUAUGACGUCACGGUGGCAUGGAACAGUGACAAUAGAAUAAGUCACUUAAAGUUCAUGGAAAAUCCCCAGAAUUUUCUGUCACGUUGUUAAUCUGAUAGUGAAUAUAGUUUUUUGUAACCACUUUUUCCCUGUUGAGUGACCUUUUGUCUUUAUCAUAUCCUGGUUGUCCAAACAAAUUCACAGUGAACGAUGCAAACUCUCCAUUUAAGUAUUGACCAAUCAGAUUCGAUGAUAAACGGAAGUACAAAUCAGGUAUUCCCCAUUCUAGAUGUCAUGUUGUAGCGGUCUACGUGGUCAGCCGACACAAUCCUGCUCCAACCAGGUGUGCCCAGUGCAGAUCUGUCCUGUGAUUCUCCUAUACAAGCAGACAGAGGAAGUGUUUUAUUGAUUGAUUUGAGAUCGGAGUCCAGUUUAAAUUCAUAAAAAGUAACUCGUCUGCCAGCCGACGUGCACUAGCAGACGCAUCAGGAUCGUGAUCUCAGACGACACUUGACUGUGUAACGGAUGCUUUCUCCAAACACGGGGUUCAAGUCUGUACAUUUCAGACAUUACAAACCUAUACGAACAGACGACAUACACUGACAGUGCUGCUGUAUCUGCUAACCAAUGUAACUAUGGCAACCCUUCCAACAGGUCUCCGAAAGUCAAGAGGCCGUGUUAAUCCACACGGUCCUGCUAAUCAAGACUGCCAGCCCAGUACUCAUGUUCCUAGACCGCUCGACUAAUCGAAACAAUUUCAUGCCUACUUCUGCCAAGAUACUCUCGAUUCCCUUUGGACAAGAAGUCUCAUUGACGAACUAGAAGGGAUUCAUGGAUAUCAGUGUGCCGAGUACCACAGGGAUUUAGUGGUAGGAGAGAGGGUUCUGGAUUUAAUGACUAUGUUCAUUUUCACGUCGGACAGAAUCGUCUUUAUUCUGUCUGAGAAUUUUCUCAAGUCAAACUAUGCUAUGUAUCAACUUCAGCUUGCCGUGCAGUAUGCCAUUGACCACGACACAAACAACAUUGUGGCACUCCACGUGGACGAGUGUAGAGUCCCAUCAGAGCUGCUGACAUUUCAGAUCAUUGACACAAAGUCUCACAGAUGGAAAGAAAGUUUUCUGGAUUAUUUGAAGAAUCCCGCACCCAAGAUGCCAGCCCAAAUAUGCACUAAUGGAACUCAUGUGAGUGUGACAGACCUGUGUAAGACUAAUCGGUCAGUGAUGUCCGAGCCACCGACGCUGAAGGCCACGCUCUGCAUCCCUGCCUACAUCAGACACAGGAUCAGGAUCUGGCACAGGUGCCAGUCACUGGAUGAAACCCAUCUUCGGAAAGCAGCAAUCCCAGAAGUGAGUGAUCUGAUCAGUCGGAGUAGGUCAUGUACGACAUAUCACCACAAUCAGUGUCCAUUACGGGUUUCAACUGUAUCAUGA